AUGUUUGCCUUCAAAGGGAAGAAACAAGUGCUGACCACCUACAACGGACCCGAGGGAACCCUUAAGCCCAAACAAUUCGAAAAGGAGACAAAGGAAAAUAAACCAGAAAUGAAUGGGGUAACUUAUUAUUUUGUUUUCGAAAUAUAGCACUAAUACAGGCUAGUAUUGGUCAUCAAUACUUCUCAGGUGUUAACUAGCUAAAUUACACCAGUGCAUGUUGCAUCCAUUCACCAUUAUCAAAACAUUCAUGUGUUGCAGGAUGCAGGUAAUGGUCAGGCCACUUUACAACGUUUUUGGAAUCCCAGCAAACCCAGAUCUCCUCUGUGCAACAACUCAAGUUCUCUCAGCCAGGAGGAAAAUGUGCCUGAGAAAUUGACUCAACAAACAGAGAAAUCAAAGCAAGGGAAAGGUAACCCACCAUUUAUUUUCCCCAACCACCACCAAUAAUGACAAUGUUAAAUGAACUGCUCAAAUCUAUUACUUGGACUUCUCUACCUUCUCAUUUUCGAAACCAUAUAAUAUUGGUUGUCGUCUGAGUAAGACCUUAAAAACCCACCAGAUGUCAAAUAAAAUUGUAUUGGUCGCAUACACAUAUUUAGCAGAUGUUAUUGCGGGUGUAGCGAAAUGCUUGUUUUGUGUUCCUAGCUCCAACAGUGCAGUAAUAUCUAACAAAACACACAUCUAAAAAGUAAAAGCAUGAAAUGAAAAUACAGAAAUAUUAGAAAGAGCAAUGUCGGAGUCCGGAGUAUAAAUGUAUACAGUGAGGGGGAAAAAGGUAUUUGAUCCCCUGUUGAUUUUGUACGUUUGCCCACUGACAAAGAAAUGAUCAGUCUAUAAUUUUAAUGGUAGGUUUAUUUGAACAGUGACAGACAGAAUUACAACAAAAAAAUCCAGAAAAAUGCAUGUCAAAUAUGUUAUAAAUUGAUUUGCAUUUUAAUGAGGGAAAUAAGUAUUUGACCCCCUCUCAAUCAGAAAGAUUUCUGGCUCCCAGGUGUCUUUUAUACAGGUAACGAGCUGAGAUUAGGAGCACACUCUUAAAGGGAGUACUCCUAAUCUCAGCUUGUUACCUGUAUAAAAGGCACCUGUCCACAGAAGCAAUCAAUCAAUCAGAUUCCAAACUCUCCACCAUGGCCAAGACCAAAGAGCUCUCCAUGGAUGUCAGGGACAAGAUUGUAGACCUACACAAGGUUGGAAUGGGCUACAAGACCAUCGCCAAGCAGCUUGGUGAGAAGGUGACAACAGUUGGUACCUCGGCCUGGGGCUCCAUGUAAGAUCUCACCUCGUGGAGUUGCAAUGAUCAUGAGAACGGUGAGGAAUCAGCCCAGAACUACACGGGAAGAUCUUGUCAAUGAUUUCAAGGCAGCUGGGACCAUAGUCACCAAGAAAACAAUUGGUAACACACUACGCCGUGAAGGACUGAAAUCCUGCAGCGCCCGCAAGGUCCCCCUGCUCAAGAAAGCACAUAUACAGGCCCGUCUGAAGUUUGCCAAUGAACAUCUGAAUGAUUCAGAGGAGAACUGGGUGAAAGUGUUGUGGUCAGAUGAGACCAAAAUUGAGCUCUUUGGCAUCAACUCAACUUGCCGUGUUUGGAGGAGGAGGAAUGCUGCCUAUGACCCCAAGAACACCAUCCCCACCGUCAAACAUGGAGGUGGAAACAUUAUGCUUUGGGGGUGUUUUUCUGCUAAGGGGACAGGACAACUUCACCGCAUCAAAGGGACGAUGGACGAGGGCCAUGUACCGUCAAAUCUUGGGUGAGAACCUCCUUCCCUAAGCCAGGACAUUGAAAAUGGGUCGUAGAUGGGUAUUCCAGCAUGACAAUGACCCAAAACACACGGCCAAGGCAACAAAGGAGUGGCUCAAGAAAAAUCACAUUAAGGUCCUGGAGUGGCCUAGCCAGUCUCCAGACCUUAAUCCCAUAGGAAAUCUGUGGAGGGAGCUGAAGGUUCGAGUUGCCAAACGUCAGCCUCGAAACCUUAAUGACUUGGAGAAGAUCUGAAAAGAGUGGAACAAAAUCCCUCCUGAGAUGUGUGCAAACCUGGUGGCCAACUACAAUAAACGUCUGACCUCUGUAAUUGCCAACAAGGGUUUUGCCACCAAGUACUAAGUCAUGUUUUGCAGAGGGGUCAAAUACUUAUUUCCCUCAUUUAAAUUUAAAUCAAUUUAUAACAUUUUUGACAUGCGUUUUUCUGGAUUUUGUUGUUAUUCUGUCUCUCACUGUUCAAAUAAACCUACCAUUAAAAUUAUAGACUGAUCAUGUCUUUGUCAGUGGGCAAACGUACAAAAUCAGCAGGGGAUCAAAUACUUUUUCCCCUCACUGUAUGUAUGUAUAUACAUUACAUGACCAAAAGUAUGUGGACACCUGCUCAUCGAAUCUCAUUCCAAAAUUAUGGGCAUUAAAUAUGGAAUUUCGAAAAUGAUGAUCCUGGCGCCGACGAAGAUCGCGGCCUCGCGACUAGCUCUUAGGAAACGGUAUUUUUGUUUUUUAAUGUUAUUUUUUACAUUAUCACAAGCAUUUCGCUACACCCGCAAUAACAUCUGCUAAACACGUGUAUGUGACAAAUACUAUUUGAUUUGAUUUGAAUUGGUCCCCCCCUUUGAUGCUACACUAUAUACAAAAGUAUGUGGACACCCCUUCAAAUUAGUGGAUUUGGCUAUUUCAGCCACACCCUUUGCUGACAGGUGUAUAAAAUUGAGCCAUGCAAUCUCCAUAGACAAACAUUGGCAGUAGAAUGUCCUUACUGAAGAGCUCAGUGACUUUCAACGUGGCACCGUCAUAGGAUGCCGCCUUUCCAACAAGUCAGUUCGUCAAAUUUCUGCCCUGCUAGUGCUGCCCCGGUCAAUUGUAAGUGCUGUUAUUGUGAAGUGGAAACGUCUAGGAGCAACAACGGCUCAGCCGCAUAGUGAUAGGCCACACAAGCUCACAGAGCAGGACCGCCGAGUGCUGAAGCGCGUAAAAAUCGUCUGUCCUCGGUUGCAGCACUCACUACUGGUUUCCAAACUGCCUCUGGAAGCAACAUCCGCACAAGAACUGCUCGUCUGGAGCUUCAUGAAGUGGGUUUCCAUGGCCGAGCAACCACACACAACCCUAAGAUCACCAUGCGCAAUGUUAAGUGUCGGCUGGAGUGGUGUAAAGCUCGCCGCCAUUGAACUCUGGAGCAGUGGAAACACAUUCUCUGGAGUGAUGAAUCGCGCUUCACCAUCUGGCAGUCCAACGGACAAAUCUGGGUUUGGCGGAUGCCAGGAGAACGCUACCUGCCCCAAUGCAUAGUGCCAGCUGUAAAGUUUGGUGGAGGAGGAAUAAUGGUCUGGGGCUGUUUUUCAUGGUUUGGGCUAGGCCCCUUAGUUGCAGUGAAGGGGAAAUCUUAACGCUACAGCAUACAAUGACAUUCUAGAAGAUUCUGUGCUUCCAACUUUGUGGCAACAGUUUGGGGAAGGCCCUUUCCUAUUUCAGCAUGACAAUGCCCCCGUGCACAAAGCGAGGUCCAUACAGAAAUGUUUUGUCGAUCUGUGUGGAAGAACUUGACUGGCGUGCACAGAGCCCUGACCUCAACCCCAUCGAACACCUUUGGGAUGAAUUGGAACGCCGACUGCGAGCCAGGCCUAAUCGCCCAACAUCAGUGCCCGACCUUACUAAUGCUCGUGGCUGAAUGGAAUCAAGUCCCCGCAGUAAUGUUCCAACAUCUAGUUGAAACCUUCCCAGAAGAGUGGAGGCUGUUAUAGCAGCGAAGGGGGGAUUAACUCCAUAUUAAUGCCCAUGAUUUUGGAAUGAGAUGUUCGACGAGCAGGUGUCCACACACUUUUGGUCGUGUGUGUGAUGGCAAUGAAUAGACAAUAUAUGGAUAGAAUAUGUAGUAUAUCUGAAGAAUAGUAUAUGUACAGCAAUAGUUAUAGGAUAGGCCUUGACUAGAAUACAGUAUAUACAGUUGAAGUUGGAAGUUUACAUACACCUUGGCCAAAUACAUUUAAACUCAGUUUCACAAUUCCUGACAUUUAAUCCUAGUAAAAAUUCCCUGUCUUAGGUCAGUUAGGAUCACCACUUUAUUUUAAGAAUGUGAAAUGUCAGAAUAAUAGUAGGGUGAUUUAUUUAAGCUUUUAUUUAUUUCAUCACAUUCCCAGUGGGUCAGAAGUUUACAUACACUCAAUUAGUAUUUGGUAGCAUUGCCUUUAAAUUGUUUAAAUUUGGGUCAAACGUUUCGGGUAGCCUUCCACAAGCUUCCCACAAUAAGUUGGGUGAAUUUUGGCCCAUUCCUCCUGACAGAGCUGGUGUAACUGAGUCAGGUUUGUAGGCCUCCUUGCUCGCACACGCUUUUUCAGUUCUGCCCACGAAUGUUCUAUAGGAUUGAGGUCAGGGCUUUGUGAUGGCCACUCCAAUACCUUGACUUAGUUGUCCUUAAGCCAUUUUGCCACAAUUUUGGAAGUAUGCUUGGGGUCAUUGUCCAUUUGGAAGACCCAUUUGCAACCAAGCUUGAACUUCCUGACUGAUGUCUUGAGAUGUUGCUUCAAUAUAUCCACAUAAUUUUCCUUCCUCAUGAUGCCAUCUAUUUUGUGAAGUGCACCAGUCCCUCCUGCAGCAAUGCACCCCCACAGCAUGAUGCUGCCACACCCGUGCUUCACGGUUGGGAUGGUGUUCUUCAGCUUGCAAGCGACCCCCUUUUUCCUCCAAACAUAACGAUGGUCAUUAUGGCCAAACAGUUCUAUUUUUGUUUCAUCCGACCAGAGGACAUUUCUCCAAAAAGUACGAUCUUUGUCCCCAUGUGCAGUUGCAAACCGUAGUCUGGCUUUUUUAUGGCGGUUUUGGAGCAGUGGCUUCUUCCUUGCUGAGCGGCCUUUCAGGUUAUGUCGAUAUAGGACUCGUUUUACUGUGGAUAUAAAUACUUUUGUACCUGUUUCCUCCAGCAUCUUUACAAGGUCCUUUGCUGUUGUUCUGGGAUUGAUUUGCACUUUUCGCACCAAAGUACAUUCAUCUCUAGGAUACAGAACGCGUCUCCUUCCUGAGCGGUAUGACGGCUGCGUGGUCCCAUGGUGUUUGUACAGAUGAACGUGGUACCUUCAGGCGUUUGGAAAUUGCUCCCAAGGAUGAACCAGACUUGUGGAGGUCUACAAUUUAUUUUCUGAGGUCUUGGCUGAUUUCUUUUGAUUUUCCCAUGAUGUCAAGCAAAGAGGCACUGAGUUUGAAGGUAGGCCUUGAAAUACAUCCACAGGUACACCUCCAAUUGACUCAAAUGAUGUCAAUUAGCCUAUCAGAUGCUUCUAAAUCCAUGACAUCAUUUUCUGGCAUUUUCCAAGCUGUUUGAAGUCACAGUCAACUUAGUGUAUGUAAACUUCUGACCCACUGGAAUGUGAUACAGUGAAUUAUAAGUGAAAUAAUCUGUCUGUAAACAAUUGUUGGAAAAAUUACUUGUGUCAUGCACAAAGUAAAUGUCGCCAAAACUAUAGUUUAACAAGAAAUUGGUGGAGUGGUUGAAAAACAAGUUUUAAAUGACUCCAACCUAAGUGUAUGUAAACAUCCGACUUCAACUCUACAUAUGAAGUGGGUUAAACAAUAUGUAAACAUUAUUUAACGUGACCAGUGUUCCAUGACUAUGUACAUAGGGCAGCAGCCUCUACGGUGCAUGGUAGAGUAACCGGGUGGUAGCCGUCUAGUGACCAGUUCAGGGCGGGGGCCGGCUAGUGGUGAUUAUUUGAGUCUGAUGGCCUUGAGAUAGAAGCUGUUUUUCAGUCUCCCGGUCCCAGGUUUGAUGCACGUGUACGGACCUCGCCUUCUGGAUGGUAGCGUGGUGAACAGGCUGUGGCUCGAGUGGCUGAGGUCCUUGAUCUUCUUGGCCUUCCUGUGACACCGGGUGCUGUAGGUGAUCUGGAGGGCAGGCAGUGUGCCCCUGGUGAUGCGUUGGGCAGACCGCACCACCCUGCGGUUGCAGACGGUGUAGCUGCCGUACCAGGCGGUGAUACAGCCCGACAGGAUGCUCUCAAUUAUGCAUCUGUAAAAGUUUGUGGGUCUUAUGGGCCAAGCUGAAUUUCUUCAGCCUCCUGAGGUUGAAGAGGCACUGUUGCACCUUCUUCACCACCCUGUCUGUGUGGGUGGACCAUUUCAGAUUGUCAGUGAUGUUUGCAGAGGAACUUGAAGCUUUUUACAAUUCUAGAAGUAGCAGCUUGUGAUUAGUUCAUGUUGAAAAACAUGGUCAUGAAUAAGUAGGCUACAUCUAAUAGCUGUAUUACAUAAACUCAGACCUGCCUGAUCAGUUAUUGUCUUCUGUGGAAUUCAUAAUUGUUGGACAGGUUUAAAGGUUAUUUUUUCCUAUAGUAAACCCUCCGAAAUUGGGAGAACAUCAUUUAGAAUGCCUGAAGCUUGGAGUACUUGUGUGUUUGCUUGCACGCAAAUGUUAAACUUCAAGAACAUUGAUCCUUCCCUUACAAUCAAAGCAUAGUAUGCCUGCAACAAUGCACUGCUUUUUAAAUGGACAAAACUUUUAGGGUCUAAUUUGAGAAAAUUCAAAAAUGGCCUUUUAACUACAGAAUCAUGUAUUUAAUUAUCUGAAUUGUUUGACAGCCUUAAUAUUUACUUGAGUCACUAUAUUUACUCAUUAAACACAACACUCUGCCAACAGAACGAAUAACACAGACACCUUGAUGACCUGAUAAAACAUGGAGUUGAAGAAGGACUGCAGGUUAGUUUUGAAACUAAAUAAAGUCACAUUUUACUGACCCUGAUCAUCUGAACCUGGAAUUUGAUUUUACCUACUUAAACCCCAAUAGGUAAAAAAUAUAGAGGGGAAGGGAAGAGGAGUGUUUGCCGUCAGAUGUUUCAAGAAGGGUCCGUUUGUAAUUGAGUAUCAUGGAGACUUGUUGCAUCUGGCUGAUGCCAAGAAGAGAGAGGCUCUGUAUGCCCAAGACCCCGGGACCGGCUGCUACAUGUACUAUUUUCACUAUCUCAGCAAAACCUACUGGUAAGUCAUCUACACAAACUUUAAUUUUCAGUUGUAUUAAGUAACCCAGACAUACACGGAGUAUACCAAACAUUAGAAACACCUUCCUAAUAUUGAGUUGCACUCCCACACACACAAAACCGGUGUGCCUACCAUACCCCGUUCAAAGGUACUUACAUCUUUGGUCUUGCCCAUUCACCCUCCGAAUGGCACUCGUACACAAUCCAUGUCUCAAGGCUUAAAAAUCCUUCUUCAACCUGUCUCCUCCCCUUCAUCUACACUGAUUUGAAGUGGAUUUAACAAGUGACAUCAAGGGGUCAUGGCUUUCACCUGGUCUUUUUGUCAUGGAAAGAACAGGUGUUCAUGUUUUGUAUACUCAGUGUAUGUAUUGCCACAAUGUUGUCAGCUAGCUCAUGGACGUUUUCAAAUCUUUCAUGUCCUCUACAGUGUGGAUGCUACAAAAUAAUCAACUCACCUGGGAAGGCUGAUAAACCACAGUAAAAACGGCAACUGCCAGACCAAGCUCCAUGACAUGGAUGGAAUACCUCAUCUCAUACUGGUGGCUUCCAGGGACAUUGAGGCAGAGGAAGAGCUGCUUUAUGACUAUGGUGACCGCAGCAAGGAAUCAAUCUCUGCUCACCCUUGGCUCAAAUACUGA